AUGUCGGCCGAGAAUACCGAGAACGGCGGCUCUCUCGCUGAUCGCAUCUCCAAACCUGAUGAGGCUUCGCAGCCUACUCCCACCACCACCACCACCGAGACCCCUGCGCAGCCAGCCGAUGAUGGCGCUGGGACUGAACUCCAGGGCUCAGCGCUCCAGGAGCCUGAGUACAAGGUCGAAGUCAAGCUCAGUGACCUGCAGGCGGAUCCUAACAACCCCCUGUUCUCCGUGAAGAGCUUCGAGGACCUUGGCCUAGAUGAGCGCAUCCUUAAGGGUCUUUCCACCAUGAACUUCCGCAAGCCAUCAAAGGUGCAAGAGCGCGCGCUUCCCCUAUUGAUGCACAACCCCCCGAAGAACCUCGUGGGUCAGUCCCAGUCCGGAACUGGCAAAACAGCUGCCUUCGUUCUCAACAUCCUGAGCCGUGUCGAUCUUUCUACCGAGGAACUUCAGAAUACUCCUCAGGCCCUGAUUCUGGCUCCCACCCGUGAGCUGGCUCGUCAGAUUGUCGGUGUUGUUCAGCUUAUGGGUCAGUUCCUUGACGGUCUGACCAUUGGAACUGCUGUUCCCGCCGAUGCGUCCGCUCGCCCCACUAGAAUGUCUGCCGCCAUCGUGGUUGGAACCCCUGGUACUGUACAGGACAUGAUCAAGAGACGCAUCCUGAACCCCACCCAGCUCAAGGUGCUGGUUUUGGAUGAGGCCGACAACAUGCUUGAUCAGCAAGGGCUUGGUGACCAGUGUAUCCGUGUCAAGGCCAUGCUGCCGCGUACUAUCCAAGUCGUCCUUUUCUCCGCCACAUUCCCUGCUCAUGUUCAUCGCUACGCCGCUAAAUUCGCCCCGGAGGCGAACGAGAUCACCCUUCAGCACGAGGAAUUGACUGUCGAGGGUAUCAAGCAGCUGUACAUGGAUUGCAACAGCGAUGAGGAGAAAUAUGCCAACCUCGUACAGCUCUACGGCUUGCUGACGGUUGGCUCGUCCAUCAUCUUCGUCAAGACCCGUGCUUCUGCAGCUGAGAUCGAAAAGCGCAUGACCGCCGAGGGCCACACUGUCGCUUCCCUGACUGGUGGCAUUGAGGGCUCCCGGCGUGAUGCUGUCAUCGACGCCUUCCGCAAUGGUGAUGCCAAGGUUCUUAUCACGACCAACGUUCUCGCCCGUGGUAUCGACGUGUCCACAGUCUCGCUGGUCGUCAACUACGACAUACCCGAGACCAUUAACCCUUCUCGUAAGCGCGAGCCCGACUUCCAAACUUACCUCCACCGUAUCGGUCGUACCGGCCGAUUCGGCCGCAUUGGCGUUGCCAUCUCCUUCGUCUCCAGCCGAGAGGAGUGGGAUAUGCUUCGCCAGAUUCAGCAGCACUUCAGCUGUAACAUCGAGCGUAUCGACACCAGUGAUUGGGACGAGGUUGAGCGGAUCAUCAAGAAGACGAUCAAGAACUCUCGUGCCCAGGCCCAGUUUGCGCAGCAGCAGUGA